CUUUCUCUCUCUCUGCCCAAACAAAUUAUAAAGUAUGCCAACCGAAGUAACAAAGUUAAACAACAUAGACGAGGAAAACACAAAAAGUCCAAAUAACAUGAGACAACAAAUAUUAAAUAAUAAGUUUGGCAUGCCAACAGACAAACAUACUCAUUCACUUCGUCGAGAUCUUUUACUCUCGAAUUUUGAUCGAAACAUGACUGUUGAAAAGGCUCGUUUUGAGCCAACAGAGGAUAUUAUUAGAGCACAGUCAACCCCAGCAGCUUCAAAUACCUUACAUGUGGAUGUAUCAAAAGCGGAUGCUAAUAUAAAUGAAGAUGUCAUCAAAAAUCCAAAUAAUAUCGAAGUGGCUCAUCCACCACUACCACCUACCGAAAUGACUUAUGCACCGACCAUGUCACCUUCGGCCCCUAACAUAGCAACUUCGAAUAGCGGAACAGUAACAGCAAGCCCAAUACCGCUAAAUGCUAAUCACUCUAUGAGUGAUAGGAGAAGGUUAAAUCAAGCUCGAAGUGAGGGUAACCCAAAUAGUAGCACAAGCCGUAAAAAGCAUAACAGUAAAAAGCAAAUAAAACCAAUUAUGCAUGGAACUGCUAGUCCUGCCGAAGUGUUUCAUAGAAAUUUAGUCGACGCCGUGUCUAACGUCGAAGAUUCUGAUGAAAACGAACAUUAUGUUUACCCGUUUAGCGGAAAUGAGUCGUCAACCCAUCAUUUGUCAGAUAUGACCGCUUCCGGUAUUCAUAGACCUAUUUCUGUUAGAUCAACUCCCGCUUCACAUGAUUCCAAAAGAAGAACGGGAAAUAAAGGACUGGGUGAAUGGUUAAAACAAGCCUUAUAUAACAGAAACUCACAACACCAUACUAAUAGUCUUGACGAGGAGGAGGAAGAAUGGUCAGAUAGUGAUUAUAGCAGACGACCCAAACUUCGAAGUAACCUAAACAACCAUACAACACAUCAAAACUCGAAUAGAUCAAGUAUCUUGAGAAGAUGGCAUGACAGUUUUAAAGGGUCUAUUUCUUCAGAUAAAAAUACUUCAAAAAGAUCGAGAAGAACAUAUCCUCCAAUACAAACUCCCGCAAUGCAGCAAGCAUAUUAUUACGGCGGAAAUAAUGGAGGAAUUAGCGGUGCCGGCGGAUACACCAGUGACGAAGAGGAUGCACCUUUACUAAUGAGAAGACAAAAAAGAAUUCCGCGUAGCAAAAAGAAUUGUAAUAAUAUCCUUCGUAAUACGUUUUUGGUCGUACUAAUGGCUAUAAUCAUGCUAUUGAUGAUUGUCAUACAUAAAGCAGAACCUUUAGUGGAACUCACUGUGGACAUCGGCAGAGUGCUCGCCACCGACAAGGAAUUGAUUUUCGAUCUAAAAGUUCAAGCAAAGAAUCUGAAUUGGUGGACUAUUCAUGUAGCCGAUGCAGAUAUCAGUAUAUUUGCGUUUAGUCAAAUUGUACCAAGUGUCAUAAUGGCAAACAAUGCUGCAAAUGUAACUCAUGUUGAAGGUGUAGAUCCUGCAGAGUAUCUAGGUGGCCUAGUUCACUUCGAUGAACCUUUAUCGAUUCAAUCUAGUUUAUUUAAUAAAGGUCCAACUGAAGCUAUAAGUCAAAUUCGUAUAAAAUCACCAGGAGCAGAUACCAGCGGGAAUGAAAGAUGGUCUCGCAUGAUUAGAUAUCCAUACGGGCUUGUGGUACGAGGAGUUUUGAAAUAUCGUCCAAUACCUUUGAUAUUAGGUGUUUACCCACAAUCUAUCGCGAUUUGCAAUGUUAAUCAAGUAGACCCAACUACAGGCACUGUAUCAAGUGACCCGGAUAAAACAAUAUGCUCAAACGAUGAAGUAAAUGUUUUCUCACGGUUUUAGCUAUGUGUAACAUAAUUUUAUUGGGACUGUUACUUUUAUACUUAGAGCAAAAAAAAAAAAAAAAUUGCAUUCCCCUUU